GGCUAAGUUAGAAAUUGUUGAAUGGUAUAUAAGGGACCGCAAGCAGCUGCUAUAUAACCUGAGGUUAACCUUUUGAGCCAUGUGAUUAGGCUAAGGGUAAGCAGGUCAGCUGGCACGGGUUGUUACAGUUUCCCUUUCUCUUUUCGUAUCCUAGAGAGAGAGAGAUAGAGAGACGUGUUGAUGGACAUCUUGUCAAGGAUUCAGUCAAAAUCCCUCAUCCGAUUCAAAUCCAUCUCCAAAUUAAACUGGUACUUUCUCAUUUAAAACCAUAGCUUCAUCUCUCUCCACCACAACCUUGCCCAAUACUACGACUGCAUCAUCUUUCAACCUACCGCCAACAAAUGUUGCAUGUAUUUAUUCCCCAAUGAAACUUCAAUCGAAGAACUAUAUCUUUCAUUAGACCACAACUAAAAUAAUUCUACCACGGUGGCUUUUGUAACGGCCUCAUUUGUCUCUUCGAUAAGUCCACUAUCGUCAUAUGCAACCCUGGAAUUAGAGAAUACAGGCUACUCCACACCCCCCUUAUGAAACAUUUCAUACUACCUAUUUAGGGUUUCCUUUUGUUCCAAAACCAAUGAUUAUGUUAUGGUUAGACUCGCUACUCUCUAUGAAUCUGACCUUAAAACUUUUAAUUCAUAUGAUGAUAUGCCUAUUGAUCAUAAAGUUCAAAUCUAUGGUAUGAAUACCAAUUCAUGGAAAGAAAUUAUUACUACGGUGCCCAACUACUACAUCACCCCUCGUCCUUUUCCUUGCACAUCAUUGGAUGGGAUUUUCUACUGGUUAUGUGAUGAUUCUUCUACUGAUGUCAAGGUAAUUCAUGCCUUAAACACCAUUAAAGAAUCAUUCAACAAGGGCAAAUAAAUCAUUCAGAAGACAAACAUAAGAACAAAAUCCAUUUCCCUUCUCCUUUUUCUUCUCUUUCUCACCAUCUUCUUUGUUCUUUUCCCUUUUCUUAGAACAAUCAGCAAUGGCAGCAACGAGGUGGUGGUGGUGACGACGGAAUUCGGUGGCGGUGCUAGUUUCACGGAUCUCAGCAACCGAUUUUCUCUGGCCGUUUUUAGGAGCCUAUACACUGUGCUUCACGGCGUCUAAGCAUCGGGGGUGUCGGUCGAUCGACGACCUUCUCUAAUAUGGUCUUCGAUCCUUUGUCUUCUCCUUCUGACUCUAUUUUUUCGACCCCCUAACCGUAUCGAUUGGUGCUCUCAUAUCAUGGCCGUAAAUCUGACUGUGCAUUCCAAGUCGAUUUUUUGCUUAGCUUUUUGAACAUGCCUAAAGGUGAGGGUUUCUACGGGUUGGAUGGUGCAGUUGGUGUGGCUCCCAUCGUGGUCGUUAUUGGUCGGCCUGGUUCUUGCCUAACAUGUAUCUUCCGCAGUAGGUUUGGUGCGUUUGGAUUCCAGUUUGCAACUCUGAAAGGGUGGCCAAAGGCGUUUCGGUGUUUCUUUGGGCUAGGUUUUGGGUUUUCUUUGGGCUGGGCUUUAUUGUUAGAUUCAGGUUUUCUGGGUAUUUUGAGCUGUUUUUGUUUUUAUCUGUGCACAUUAGCCCUUCAGGUGUUGUAUAGGGCUUUGUCCUUCAGGCUGUAUUUUCCAACUUUUGGUUGGAAUCAUUUACCCUAUCCCUAAUAGAAUGUUACUUCUGCUGAUAAAAAAACCUGUCUUCUGGCAGCUCGUCUACAAUCGUCAUAGCCUUCUUUGCCAUGUCGAUGGAUUGUCCAGCAAUCCAGUGCUUUCUGCAGAAUCUAGCGCUUAUCUGCAAAAGCAAUAUUGGCACAAGAAACAAAGAUAGGAUAAAAGAAUGGGUUUUUUUAAAAACAAUUUUAGGCCUCGUUUGAUUAGCGAAUUGAAACAACGGGAUUAACAAAUCAGGCACUAAUAGUCUGGAGCCCCAUUCCGCUAAGGGAAAUAAGUACUUAUUUUUUGAAUUAAAGGUGAUGUAUUGUGAGAGAAUGAUCUGUCUCUCGUAAAGCGGAAAAUAAAUACUUAAAAAAUAAGAAUCUUAGUGGAACGGG